UUAUUCAGGAUUCUUUGCCCUUGCCUGGGAGAACAGUUCAUGAGACAGAUGGCCCCAAGACUACCAAGACCCCAAAUCGAGUCCAGGAGUACUGGUUUGAAACAAAGAUGUCCCCCCUAAAGCAACAUACUUCUGAAGGAUCUGAUCUGGGAGAGCAAACAAAAAGUGACGUGAUGGAAAGAGGCCUGGACUGGGAGGGCACAAGUUCCACAGAGAAGACACAUAAAUGUGAGGAAUGUGGGAAAGUCUUCAAAUAUAAUUCCUCCUUUAUUAGCCACCAGAGAAAUCAUACUGGUGAGAAACCCCAUAAAUGUAAUGAAUGUGGCAUAGCCUUUAUGAGCAGUUCAUCUCUUUUAAAUCAUCUUAAAAUUCACACAGGCAAGCAGCCUUAUAGAUGUAUUGAAUGUGGGAAAUUCCUUAAGAAGCACUCAACAUUUGUUAAUCAUCAGAAAAUUCAUUCUAGAGAGAAACCUCAUAAAUGUAAUGAAUGUGGAAAAGCUUUUGGAAAGAACUCUAUCCUUUUACGUCAUCAGAGAAUUCAUACUGGUCAGAAACCCUACAAAUGUAAUGACUGUGGGAAAGCCUUUGCUCAGAAUGUAGCCCUUACUCGUCAUGAGAGAAUACAUAGCGGAGAGAAGCCUUUUAAAUGUAAUGUAUGUGGGAAAACUUUUAGGGAUAACUCAACUGUGUUGGAACAUUUGAAAAUCCAUACUGGUGAAAAACUAUAUCGGUGUAAUGAAUGUGGAAAAACCUUUAGGAAGAGCUCAACUCUUGUUAGUCAUCAAAGAAUGCAUACAGGAGAGAAACCCUAUCACUGCAGUAAAUGUGGAAAAUCUUUUAGGUAUAGCUCAUCCUUUGCUGGACAUCAAAAAACUCAUAGUGGAAAUAAACCCUAUCAAUGUAACGACUGUGGGAAAGUCUUUACAAAGAGCUCAACCCUUAUUGGACAUCAGAGAAUUCAUACUGGAGAAAAGCCCUAUUACUGUAAGAAAUGUGGGAAAUCCUUCAGGCAUAGCUCUGGCCUUGUUGAACAUCAGAGAAUCCAUACUGGAGAAAAACCUUAUGAAUGUAAUGUAUGUGGGAAGGCUUUUCCCCAGAGUUCAGCCCUUAAACAACAUAAGAAAAUGCAUAACGAAGAAAGAGCCAUCAAAUGUAGUUAGUGUGGUUGAUCAUGCAGAAGUAGUUUAUUCCUUUUGACCAUCAAAGAGGAGACACUCAACAAAUCACACAUUUAAGAAAAGUAGUCUGUGUGCCUCUAUCCUGGAGAACUUCUCACUUGUAAGGAUGUUCACUGUAGUAUGGUUUGUACUAGUGAAAUAUUUGAAGGACCUAAAUGUCUAUCAAUAUGGAAAUAGUUACUAUAGAACACUAUAUAGGAAGUAAAAAGAAUGA